AUGAGAACCAGUGUAUCUUCGCCAGAUGAGGUUACACCACAAAUAGCAGAUACCGUGCUAAAUUCCAGGAAUGUUAUGAUAUCUCUUGGGAACGCAAGCGUUCUUCGUCAGUACUACGGAAAGGUUUUCGAAAAUCUACAACAGCGGAAUUGCAGAGUUCUUGCAAAAGUGUAUGUCAGGCUUGUCGAGCCGCGGAAACAGGUCAAAUUUCCCUACAAUGGCCGAAAGAACUUCGCAGGGAUAACAUACCAAUGCAGUUCAGAUGAGGCUAAACCGCCCUGGUGGCCGCUUGAAGUGAGACAUCGAGAGCCAGAUCAUCUGUACAAAGCUGAACGAAUCGAGCUUCUCGUUCAUAUUCUCUGUGAAUUACGCGCCAGCCACGGAGUUACUGCGCGCAGAUUGAGAGCGGCAGAUGAGAGCAUACGACGACAGAUAUAUCCAACCGAUCGAAUAAAUCUACUUGAUGAACUAUACUAUGUGCGAGAGAAGGAAGAGAAACUUCUCGAUGGUUCUAUCAACGUGAACACAAGAGUUUCGAUUUCGCGCGACAACGUGCCAAACGACUUGGAACUUGCCAUCUUUCAAAAUCCCAUUGGCGUAAGACGCUCUCCACGCAGCCAGAUGUCUGAAGCACAGCCGAUACCUCAAGAUCCUCUCCUGCUCAGCGGGCCAAUUAGAGAGGUUUCACACAUUGUGCCACUCGGUUCUGGUGCGCCCGAUAGCGAAACAACAUGGUCUCCUCACCAGAUGUCCUUCGCUAGUCCUCAGUCUGUUUCAACUUCCACGUCUGUAUUCCCUUCAGAUUUCGAGUACGGCAAUCAGUCUUAG